GAGACUAAACUAAUUGGCAGUUCAAAAAAUGGCUUCAAUUGCUUCUCUUCAGACUCUAUCCUCAGUGCAUUCACAAAAGCAAGCAGCUUGGUAUCCAUCUCUCUCCAGCUUCUCAACUGGGUCGACAACAUUGGGUUCGAAAGUUGCAUCUUGGAAAAGGAAUGAGAAAAAGAACAAGAACAGAGCUUUGACGGUGGUCUCUGCAGUUGGAGAUGUAUCGGCUGAUGGCACAUCCUAUCUGAUUGCCGGUGCAGUUGCAGUGGCAUUGGUCGGAACUGCCUUCCCUAUCCUCUUCUCCCGCAAGGACUUAUGCCCUGAAUGCGACGGUGCAGGUUUUGUUAGGCGAUCUGGUGUUACCCUGAGGGCAAAUGCAGCUCGGAAAGACCAGACUCAGAUUGUAUGUGCUCGUUGCAACGGUCUUGGCAAGCUCAACCAAAUAGAUAAAUAGAUCGACUUUUGUAACCUUAAAACUCUUUCUUGGUAUAUGAAAUCUGGGGACUCCAAUGUGAACUUUUGUUUGAAUUGUGUCUCCUUUGAUGAUGAGCAUCAUGCUUGAUUCUUGUUAUCUCUUUUGAUGGCAGGGGCAUCAUGCUUGAUUCUUUUUGAGUAUUUAAUGAAUGCUUUAUUUGUUAUA